AUGUGUUCAGAGACAACGAAGACUGUGCUGCGGCAAAUGCGCAAAUUAGUGGCGGACACAUGCAUUUCAACGCAGUUCCUGUUCUCCACCGCGCUCGGCCUCUUCCCCUACAAAUACAACACGGGCACACGACGUUUGACAAUCGCACGAUGGCUGAACUACUAUUGGCCACUGAUAAAUAUUGCAAUUGCGCUGAUGACUCUGUACAUAUAUUUUCUAAAAUCAAAAAUGAACGAAAUACAUUUCAUCAGCGAUAAGCCGUUAAAUAAAUUACUCGCGCACAUUCAUUACAUACUCGGCUUUUGCACACUCUACGUGAUCGUCAUUACGAAUUGGUGCCGCCGGAAGGAGCUCUUCAGACUGCACAAUGAGCUGGUGCAAAUGCAGCGGCGUCAACAGCGCUGGCAACGAAGAUGGACUGUGAAAUCAAAUAAUCAGAUCGAAGCAUUCUAUUACAACUGCAUCAUAGCCAAGAGCGUAAUGACACUGCUGCAGGAGGUGUCGAGCAUAAGCGGCAAGAUGGGCAUUAAUCCGCAUCCGUCAUUAAAGUAUGUCUUAUAUGUCGUUUUCAUGUUCGCCAUGAAGAACGUCACCUACUUGACGGUGACCAAUUUCCAUUUCGCGCUACUCAAUAUCUAUCGGCAAUUGCAGCAGGUUAAUUGGAAUUUUCAAGAGGUGGUGCGGCUGUGGGGCGAGCGUGCACCAAACGCGUUCGAUAUGCCAUUUGAGCAUGUGACUGAUAUUGCAUUUGAUGCGGGGGCUCAGUCUCACAGCGCUAAGCGGCGGUAUGGUCGUAGAAAUUUCGACGAGAGUGCCAUCACCGAUUUGUGUCGUCAAUAUGUGCGGAUUUGCGCUUUGGCCAAGCGCGUUUGCAAGCAUUACGAGUGGCAAGUGUUGCUCUUCCUCGCUAUUAUUUUGUUUGGCAAUGUCAUGUCGACGUUCUACUUUCUCGUUUACCUCGGUGGCAAUGUAUUGCCUCAAGAACUCUUCUCACCCACGUUGUUCCUGCAGAUCUACUUUAUCAACACUUUGGAUUUGGGAUUCUUUAUGGUUAUAUGUGAGCGUUCUAUGGCGUCGUCCAAAGAGACGGGCUUCUUGCUGAAAAAGUUGUCUCAGUUGAAGAGCUUACCACCUGCGCUUCAACAUGAGUUCGAAAUGCUAAGCAUAUUCAUGGCCGGCGAAACUGUACGCUUUCGCUUCUGCGGCUUAGUGGAGUGGAAUUUUCGCACUGGCGCCAGCUAUAUGACGGCAACCAUUUUAUAUUUGAUUGUUUUAGUGCAGUUCGAUUACUAUAAUUUGUGA